GCCAUAGUUGGCCACAUGGUCCUGUGGAGCAUCCAGGAGGGGAGGCUCGGGUCUGGGGAGGCAGCAGAGAGCUGGCACCAGAGGAGGCUUGUCAGGGGCAGGGAGCUGCCCCUCAAGGAAGGCUGCCCUGGGGGCAUUAGUUCCCUAGCCUGCCCGAUGCGUGAGCAGAGCGCGUGCCUGUGGCCAGAGAGAGCUCGGGCAAAAAGACUAGCAUUAGUGGUUGGAAAUUGAGCAGGUGGGCCCUGCAGUGGUGAGGCCUGGGGGAUGGACGGGGCACCAGUCAUCUCCAGCAUCGUACUGGGGUGUCAUCACUGUUUCUCUCCUUGGGCCUGGCAUGGGCUUGCCACAGAACACCUGCACUGUGUUGACCCUGAAUGUUUGCGGGCCAUGGUGUGCACUGGGGGCAACGGCUGUCUGUGCUUUGGCGGAGGGGAAGGGAGUUUGGCCUGGAAAGGUCAAAGGACACUGUCUUCUUCUUCCCCGUUGUGAGAAUGGAAAUGGUGCCCCCAACCCUCCAUCUCCCCUCCAUGCAAACUCUUGGCCCCCUCCAAGGUGACCUCGGCCUCCUCCCUGGCCCCUGAGUGUGCCAGCAUGUUCUCCCUCUUGCUCCACAGUGCCCCCGACCCCCUGCCAGCAGUGCCCCGCCCCCUGCCUGUGCACUGCCAGCCCUGGGUGCGUUUCGCUGCUGAGGUGCUCUGCCUGGCUGGGGUGCACCCUCCAGGCCCGGCCCUGCCUCUCACUUCCUGUGUGACCGAGCAGGGGAGCCCCUCUUGGAGCCUACAAAUCAGAGAUUGGAUUCUUCAAACCCUCUUUAUUUUUUUUUAACAUUUACUCAUCUUUUGAUAGAGAGCAUGAGUGGAGGAGGGGCAGAGAGAGAGGGAGACACAGAAUCCAAAGCAGGGUCCAGGCUCUGAGCUGUCAGCACAGAGCCUGACACAGGGCUUGAACUCACGAACUGUGAGAUCAUGACCUGAGCCAAAGUCGGACGCUCAACUGACUGAGCCACCCAGGCACCCCAUUCAAACCCUCUUUCUAAGCCUGAUGGAUAGUUACUAGAUUGAGAAAGAUUCUGGGGCUGUGCCAGGACAUGUGAGAAAUAGUUCUCUGAUGGAUUAGUGAUGUCUGCCAUGGGUAUGGGGUAGAGGAGGGGGUGCCAGCUGCUUGUAGGCCACACGCUGGCUUUCCCUGAACCAAGUGAUCUCCAAGCAUUUCUUAAGUGUAGGCUUUGGUCACGAGGUAAUGAGUGCCCCAUCCCUGGAUGGUCCAAGCAAGGGCUGAGUGGCCAUGGGUCAGGGGUGCUGGUGUGGGGCUUACCUCUGCUUUUGGUGCCAAGAUUUGGGAUUUGUAUGUCUUCUCAGCACACGGCGUGACAAAGGCCUUGAGAACUGAGACAGGAAUUCAGUGUCAUGCCUGGAGUCUGGCCUCAGGGCCUGGUAGGAUGGGUUGUUGGCUUCUCUCCUAACCCUGUAGACUGGGAACUUGCUGCUUAAAGGCAGUGUGACCCUGGGCGAGUGAUUUAGUCUUUCUCAGCUUCCGUUUCUUCAUCUGGAAAAUGGGGAUGAUAGUUAUAACGUUGUGGAGGGAUUAAGUGAGAUAAUUUGAGCUCUUAGAACCCGCCCUGGCAUAUAGUGAGCACUCAGGAUGCAUUGAUCAGUGUGCUCCCACCUCGGAAGGUGCUCUGGCCAGCUCAAAGCCCGAGAGGCAGGACCUUGAGCCCCUCCCACUCUGGGCUCCCUCCACUGGCUGUUGUAGUUAGCGCUUUCUCAAUAUCUGAGAAUGUGGGCCCAGGCCCUGUCCUCUUCCCCUCCCGGAUGUCACCGAAACCUGAGGUGCCCAGAGCCUCAGGGGACUGGGCAUGGGGUGUCCUGCUGCAUCCGGAGGCACCUCCCGGUGACUUUUGGGCCCCACCUUUGGGUCAUGUGGUUGCUGCCUCUCUAAAAGCUCCCAGCCCGGGCCCUGUCACCUUCUGAACACACUGGGGGCCAGGAGUCUUGAGUCUGCAGACGCUGUGCCCGGCAAGGAAGUGGGCUCAAGAGACAACGGGGCUGGGACAGCUUCCCCGUCUCUCAGAGGUGUCUGGGUCUGUGCUGCCCACUGCUCCUUCUCUGCCUGCUGGACUUGCCUCGCUCCCGGCCUGCGGCAUUGAAGUCACCUUGGCUCGCUCAGGCCUCGAGCCGCUCAGAGCCCCAGUUGGAGCAGCCAUGACCCGCUGGACAUCCCUCCAGGCCUCCAGGCCACAUAAACCUGCCCCCUGCGAUCCGGUGGCCUCCCGCCGGCAUCUAAGUACCCCGAGCCUGGCCACCUCUGCCUGGAGGGUCCAGGAACCCGGGGCUGAGCCAUCUUCUCGGCGCAGUCUCCGGGGUCCCCACAAUCGCCGGCUCCCUGCCUCCUGGGCUGGGCAGAAGCAGCAUCCACCAUUACAGCCUCAGGCCUCAGCUCCUCAGACCCAUGGAGACGCCCCACCCGGAGCCGGCCUGGGGGCGAGCCAGGGCCCCCCCACCCCCGGGAUGACCUCGGCCGGCAGGGCCAACCCCUACAGUAUCGUGUCAUCAGAGGAGGACGGGCUGCACCUGGUCACCAUGUCGGGCGCCAACGGCUUCGGCAACGGCAAGGUGCACACGCGGCGCAGGUGCCGAAACCGCUUCGUCAAGAAGAACGGCCAGUGCAACAUUGAGUUCGCCAACAUGGAUGAGAAGUCGCAGCGCUACCUGGCCGACAUGUUCACCACGUGCGUGGACAUCCGCUGGCGCUACAUGCUGCUCAUCUUCUCGCUGGCCUUCCUCGCCUCCUGGCUGCUGUUCGGUGUCAUCUUCUGGGUCAUCGCUGUGGCCCACGGCGACCUGGAGCCGGCAGAGGGCCGCGGCCGCACGCCCUGCGUGAUGCAGGUCCACGGCUUCAUGGCGGCCUUCCUCUUCUCCAUCGAGACGCAGACCACCAUCGGCUACGGGCUGCGCUGUGUGACGGAGGAGUGCCCCGUGGCCGUCUUCAUGGUGGUGGCGCAGUCCAUCGUGGGCUGCAUCAUCGACUCCUUCAUGAUCGGCGCCAUCAUGGCCAAGAUGGCUCGGCCCAAGAAGCGGGCACAGACGCUGCUGUUCAGUCACAAUGCCGUGGUGGCCCUGCGCGACGGCAAGCUCUGCCUCAUGUGGCGCGUGGGCAACCUGCGUAAGAGCCACAUCGUGGAGGCCCACGUGCGGGCCCAGCUCAUCAAGCCGAGGGUCACCGAGGAGGGCGAGUACAUCCCACUGGACCAGAUCGACAUCGAUGUCGGCUUUGACAAGGGCCUCGACCGCAUCUUCCUCGUGUCACCCAUCACCAUCCUGCAUGAGAUCGACGAGGCCAGCCCGCUGUUUGGCAUCAGCCGGCAGGACCUGGAGACAGAUGACUUCGAGAUCGUGGUCAUCCUGGAGGGCAUGGUGGAGGCCACGGCCAUGACCACGCAGGCCCGCAGCUCCUACCUGGCCAACGAGAUCCUGUGGGGCCACCGCUUUGAGCCUGUCCUCUUUGAGGAGAAGAACCAGUACAAGAUCGACUACUCCCACUUCCACAAGACCUACGAGGUGCCCUCCACACCCCGCUGCAGCGCCAAGGACCUGGUGGAGAACAAAUUCCUGCUUCCCAGUGCCAACUCCUUCUGUUACGAGAACGAGCUGGCCUUUCUGAGCCGUGAUGAGGAGGACGAGGCAGAUGGAGACCAGGAUGGCCGCAGCCCCCAGGCCCGGCAUGACUUUGAUAGACCCCAGGCCGGUGGCGGCGGUGGCGGCGGCGGCGGCGGCCUCGAGCAGCGGCCCUACAGACGGGAGUCAGAGAUCUGAGCCGCCAUCGGCCAACGUGCAGCAUCCGCCCCGCCAGGGAGAGGCCCGGCGUCCCUCAAGGGCCCCGGGUUUGAGCAGAACGGGCCAGGUGCCCCGGUUGCAGACUCAGUAGCGUUUUAGAUGUUUUAUGUUUCUUCACAGUGGCCUGGCAAGGUUGGCGGGAGAGUGGGCGGCCAGUGGGCUGCCCCUGGCCUCAGGGGCCAGAGCAGGUGCAGGGACAGGGAGGUGGCCUCUCGGGGUCCAGGCCAGGAGCCGGGGGCUUCUGCCUGAGGCUAGAACUGCAGCCUGCCUGGAAACGGCUCCACAGCCACCCAGCCUCUGUGGGCGAAGGCUGGCAGGCUGCAGUGCGCCUCGCUGGUUUUUAACUUGGGGAGAAACACCAGUUUUGGCUUUCUCAACCUUAGCUUGAGUAAGACUGUUUACAAAAAAAAAAAAUAAUAAUAACACAUGAUUGAAAACAAUUUACUUUGUGGGGGUUAUAAGAAAGGACAGUUAGAAUCCCACUAGUCUGCUGAGAUGGAAGCAGUCAGAUGGAGGCUCCACGAGGUUCCCUGAGGCCGAACAGGCCUCUCCUCUGCGAAGGCGGGUGUGUGCCAGGCGGCGCAUCCGCAAGGGCGAGCGCGGUGCUCACCCGUGGUUCUUUGUGCUCACGGGCGUGUUAGAUGACGCUUGCGAUAGAAAACCAAGACCAUGUGAAUGAUCGUAAUAAAAGCUUUCCGGUAGAGGUGGGGGUAGGGGCUGGGAAAAAACCAGUCUGAGCUUUUUGAGUUUGACUUUUGUACCUUAGAGGUGCGUCUCAGGGCUGGAUAUGGGAUCUGCCUGCCGUGGAGGGUCCGCUCUCCCCCCACCCGCCAGAUUUUCCUGUUUUACUUUUCUCUCCUUUUCUGCCCAGUAGCCCCCACCCCUUCCACAGUGAGGGAUACUUGGAAAACGUUGGAGGAGAUGGCCCCGUGGGAAGGGAGGCCGGGUUCCCAGACUACAAGGAAGCAGAUCAGCCCCGUUCCCACGGGACCCCAGUGAGUCGUGCCUUAGAGACCCGGGUGGGCCAGCUCCGGUUGUUUCUGUUCUUAUCGGACUCGCCCCUCCUCCCAGCCGCCCCUGACUCCACCGUGAAGUCCCCACCAGCCUGUCUGCAGAGGCUGGGCCGUCCUGGUGCUCUCUGCACGCCUGGGGCAGCACGGGCUGUACUCUGAUGCUGAACGGCAGAGGAAUCAUCUUAGAAAAGGUGUGGCAUCGUCAGCAGAGAUGACUGGGGGUGGCACAUGCAACCGGGCACCCUUGUCAGGAAGGGGUUUGGGGCACUGGGCUCUGUUGGCCCAGAGCAGGCCCCUGGACCAGGAGCUGCCCAGUGUGGGCUUGCUCUUGGUGGAGGACACAGAUGGCAGAGAUGGAGCUGGGGCCCUUUCCAGGACAGCUGAGAAUGUUGUCCUCCCAAAUAACCAGGCCUGGAAGGAAGUCCUUAAUUAGAAAGCCCAUGUGUGUCUCCCCAGCCUGCCUGUCUAGGCCACUCCAAUCCACGUCCCCCAAGACAGCCAGGCACCAAGGACUCUGGCCCAAGUGGGGAAACAGGUAGGGUGCAAGGUCACCCAGUGAGUGGGUGGGUCCUGGGAGGCAGGGAGAGGCCGGGGGGGGGGGUCUGGGCUGGGGGCCCUUGCCUUUUCUAUCCUUCUCCAGCCCCCAGGGAAGCCGGAGACCUGGCCUGCAGUCAGAGGCCAUGGAGGGUCUGUGCACGAGCUGUCAGUUCCCACCCAUAGACAUCCUGGGCCCGUGCCCUCAGGUGUGCCUGACUCCCAGCAUCCUGCCCUAGCCUCAGGCCCCACCCUCAUUUCUGGCUGGGAUGAUUCAGGCCGCGGAGGCAGCUCUUUCCUCUCAGGAUCUGCUGGAGGGACCUCAGCUCCUUCUCAGCCCAGGGCCUGGCUUCCAGAGCUGGCUUUCUCCAUUUGAGCCCUGGAGCUCGAGGGUGGAGUUGAUGUGGGAGGGCUUACCUGCCCACCCCCGCCCAGGUUGUCAGGGAGCCAGGGAGGGACGAGGUGGUCCUGGUCACUUGGGGCUGACAUAGGAGCCUGCAUUCUGCUGUGCCCAGCAGCUGGAGAUCUUUCCCGGGCCGGGUGUGUCCGGCUUCCGCUCCCACCCUCCGGAGCAGGGGCCAGGGACUCUGGGUUCCCCCCAGGCCCUAGCCACCUCGGCUUGGUGCGCCUCCUCUCAGGCCUGUCCCCCUCCCGGGCCCACACCGGAUGGUUCAGCCCCAGACCCUGCGGGAGAGCAGCCCUGAUCUGCCUUUCAUCUCUUGCCAAAGGCAGAUGCUGCGUUUUCAAACUCUUCUGCCCUCUUUUUUUUUCCUCCCCUGUAUUUAUUUAUUUAUUUAUUGCUUGUGCUAAAGACCAAAAUAGUCUCCCUCUUUAGUGCACUUGAAACGGGAGGGUGGAUGGGAGGAGCCGUGUGUGUGCAGAGCAAGGAUUACGUGGUCCCUGGGAGUGUGUGCCGCGUGUGUGUGUGUGCGUGUGUGCGUUUGCACGUGCGUGCGCACCCAUGUUUGUGCACGUGUGUGUGGCAUGUGGCGAGCACGUCAGUCCUCUGAGUGUGCCACAUGCCGUGCGUGGUGUGUGUGCUGAGCACAGGUGAGUGGGGAGCAUUUGUGCCCGUGUGUGUGGUCUGUGUGCCGUGCAGGUGUGCGUACCAAUCCGGUCCCUCCCUUGCCUACCCCGGCACUGAGAUCUCCAAGGGGUUUCUUGACGGUCUGAACUAGGAGGUGUGGGGGUUGCAGUUGGCCCAGAAUGUGGCCUCUGACGCCCUCCUGCCUGAGACACUGAGCCGCUUGUGUGGGAAAGGGGCCGUGCUGGCAGUGUGCUCAGGAGCGUGAGUGUGCGAGCCCCGAGUGUGGGAACUGACGUGGAUAAUCAUCCCAUCUCAUCUCUGUUCAAGCAGAUGUGUGCAGUCACAGCUUUGCCUGAGUGCCCGGGUGUGCGGAUUCACCCCGUCAUGGGAGCGCUGUACAGGUGUGUGCGCACGGCGAUCUCCACACGUGUGUGAAUCUGGGCUGAUGGCAUCCAUGCGGGAUGUGUACGCGUGCGUACGCAGAUACACGCAGAGACUCGUGUGUGCGUUUACCCGUAGGCGUGGUUGUGGGUGUGCGUUCCAUACGUGGGCAUUGGUUUAACUGUUAGCCAGGCUGGAAGGCUGGGGACACGCCGCCCAGGACGGAUGCCGGCUCCGGACAUGGGCACACAGCUGAACGCAGUAGUCCUGCUGACCCCCUGCCCUGAUUGUGUCCGGAGGGGAAUGUGUGGAAUGUGCAUGCCGGAGGCUCCGAGGCAGUGUCUUCGUGUGUGCGUGAGUACAUGGCAUCCAAGGAUGGCCUAUGUGUGUGUGCAUUUGUCCCGGUGAACACGUAUGCACGUGUGGAGCAUUUGUGUGGCAGCUGGGCCAGGCUCUGUGAGCAGGGCUGGCGCCUGCCUGCUGGGGGCAGCGUGUAUGGGCACGUGUGAGCAUGUGCAGGUCCCAGGGGUGUGUGCACACGGAUGUCAGUGGAAAUGGUGUGUCUGUGCACGCUCGUGCGUGCUGCUAGGAACAUGCUGGCCGCCCCCCCGUGCCCUGCUGGUGCUGUGCCGCCCUGUCCCCGCCUGCUGAGGGUCCCGGUGGGGGCCAGGGGGGCGGGAGCAGGGGCCUGGUGGGAAGGAGGCCCCUGCACAGGGGUGUCUGCCCUGCGUGAGGUCAUAGAAUGUCAAAUCUAUUUUAAAUGGUGAAACUGGAGAAUUUUCAUGUUAUUUUCAAUACAUAGCAGUAUCUAAAGACAUAGGCCACGAGACUAGACCACAUUAAAUGCAUUUUGAUCUCUUUGA